AAGAUAAAGAGGAUCAAGAAGAUCUAGAAAAUAAAAAUCGAACUUUGAAAGAAAACCAAGAACUUGGUGGAAAAGGUGGAGACAAGAGAAUAAAACAACAAGUCAAAAAUAUGCUAGAAUGUAUGUAUUUGAAUAGUAACUCAAAUUCUCGAGAUAAGCUUAUAGCACAAUGGAUAUAUGAGAAACUUCAGGAGUUUGUAUUAAGUAGGAAGAUCGAACAAGAUGAUGAAGUUCAAAGAAAAAGCUACAGAACAUGCCCAAAAGGCACUAGAAGAAAUCUUAUAAAGCUUUUUCCUCAAGAAACUGAAGAGAAAAACAAUAAAACAUCAACAGAAAUUUAUGCUGAACUAGUAAUUGGUAAAGGAGAUCAAGCAGUAUCAUUAUAUAUUAUUGAUCGCUGGAUUGCUACAUUUAAAGCUGAAGAUGAGGAUAUUGAAGACAAGCUUCAUUCUGGGCAUUCUUGUAAAAUCACUAUACCGGAAACUAUUGCUAAAGUUAAGGAAUUGGUCUCUGAUAACUUCAUAUUACUAUUAGAGGAUUGGCUAACCUUUUAG